UUAAAUGCUUAAAUUGUCCUAGUUAUGGGUUACGUUGUGAAAGAAAGUUACCAAUAUUUAGCUGAUACAUACCUAAUUGCAUACUUAGUUAUAUUAUAUAUUAAAUUCCUUAUUUUAUUGCUUUCAUCACAUUAUUUCCUGACAUACGAGAGGCAUAUUGUAAUUUUCCAAGGAAAAAGAAUCAUACAAUUUUCUAAAGUAUUAACUUUUCAUGUUUAAUAUUACGAAACGCGAUAACAUUUUGAUCAUUCCUAUAUAUUUCGAUACGUUUAAUUCAAAUUCGUAUAUAAAUAAGCGUUCAAUUCGCAUCCUUUAAUCUGAGAAAUACAACGUCAAGGAGAAAUCAAAAAGAGCAUUCGAACAUAUAGCAUACGUGUUUAUCGCAGGCAGAAUUUAUCUGUACAUAUUUGUUUGCUGCAUUCACAUUCAAAGUUGAUAAAAGAUUAUUCAUUCGAACAUUUAUGUAUUUUUCAUUUUGUAAAUUAUAUUCCAUCGCAAUUCAAGUUACAUUUAUUUGUUCAAAUAUUUCACAUAUUAUUAAUUUACCUUUUUCAUUGUUAUUUCAUUUACAGUUGUUCUCUUAAAUACUCAACGUAAUAUUACAUAUAAUUUUUCUUGAUCAGGUUGUACGUACUUCAAAAAAAGCGCGCGAGAAUAUUCAAGUUGCCCGAACGCACUUUAGGGGACUAACGGAGUCCUUGUGAAGUCCCGAAAAAAAGAGGCGCGACCAAAGGAGGUGUAAACAGAGUGGAAGGCGUGGCAAUGGGCGUAACCUUCGAAACGUCCACUACCCUUCUAGGCGUUUCGCCAGUUAGCUGUUAAGCAUGGUAGUGGGGGAGACGGCAUCGAACCCAGCUAGCUGCAGUCACAAUUCAACCGCUCGAUGGUGAGUACGUUAUAAUGCGCCGCGUUACGGGUAGAUCUCCUUUUACCGGAAACGAAGGAGAUUACUUGUCCGUCGAUUGAAUCUUGACAUAUGUAUACGUGAUAUUUUGAAACGAGUUACACGUCGUUCCACUUAUACGGAAAUAUCAACCAAUGUAAAUUUUCUCAGUGCGUGACCGAACGAACCUGUGAACGUGACGACAAAACUUCGUUUAAUAAAAAUGCAAGCUUAUUGAACGUUUGGAAAAAGUGAUUCGUACGUUGAUCGGGUAUCAAGUGGAUCGUUGCGUGUGUUUAAAAAAUUCUCGAGCUACCGAUCGAAUGCAAGGAGAGCCGCUAGGUUUGUUAGGUUGCACAGCUUUAAGCCGGCCGGCGCCCGCAUUAAAGGGAAUAUAACCGAAGCGUGUAAGUCACCGGAUUCCGUUUCGACUAUCGUUGUGUUGCGAGUUGCGACUCUUCUCCGAUUCGAAUUUACUAAUCGAAUGUCUGUAUCGAAUUGUCCAUGUUCUUAUCGAUAUCUUCGCGGUCUUUAUGCAAGCGAAGUUCGAGAAAACGCUAACAGUGUCGAAAUGAGUACCUUGCUUCGAUACGAACUGAGGAACUUCAAAGAACUGUAAGAAUUCUUAUUCGCUAAAUAUUUAGAGAUAUUCGUUGAAAAUGUAGCUUUUCGUGGUUCGUAAUCCCAAUACCUUCUUUCGACAGAAGGACGACAAUGCCAAACGAAGAUCCAUCUCCAUAAAUAUUUACCUGAUUUGUCCUAUGUUUAUUACUUCAUCUCGCUCGGUUCGGUUUUCGAAAGUAUUAAGUUUUUAUCGUCGCGGUUCGAUUAAGAGAUAUUUGAUACGUGAAAACGGACAUUCUUGCUAUUGGCUAUUUCCAACGAUUUCGGGUGUUCGAGAGAGAUCGCGAGAGCCAUGUUCUUUGUUUUGGAGUGAAUGUGCGGAAGUUAUACGAACUUUGUUUACUGAUUUUGUUGUUUUGCUUGUUGCGUAUCUAUAAGUGAAACUCGAUGUCGCGAAGUGAAUAGUGAACAAACGAGUGAAUUACGGUGGUGUGUUCGAGUCGGAAUAAGAAUCAUAACAGGAGUAACGACUUCCGACGGCUCCGUUAUUACGACUUGGUGUCUUUGAAGAAGCAUGAUUUUUUGAACGGAUACGUCUUUUUCUUGGAGACAUCUCUCCAGGAUGUCCAGAACCUGUCUUUACGGAGCGUUCGUAUAGUCGUCACAGUGGAGUUCUGCUUAAUCGCAGAAUCUACGAACGAUCUCGUCACUGCGGCGAACAGCGCGCUCUUAAUCCUCUAUAAUCUACUGUAACAUUCAGCCUCGGGAGGGGGAGGUUCGAUGUUGGUCCCUCCCGUGGCCCAAAGUGGGACUGGGGAUCGUCCCGUGGGCGACACGGGUGCCCGGGCCCAACAGACGUCCGGCCCUGCCGCGGCAGCAACCCUAUGGCCCUUAGCACCUGCACAGUCCAAUCAGGUUCCGAACCAGCAGUCUCAGGCUAUUCCACCCCUGGCCGCCACUCCCGCGCCGACUCACAACCAAGGUGUGAGUCGUUACGGGCUAUACUCGUUAUUCCCAGGGGGUGGCGGGGGCAGUUACGUCGCUGCCACUCCCACCACCCCUGGACCACCCACACCUGCGCGAGCUUACCACGCGACAACACACAAGGAACGAACAGUUUCAGAGAGCGUGUUUUCCGCCGCCGUUGGAGUUGGGGUGGGUGGCUACACCUGGGGUGCUCCCACGCCACCCCCUGGCUCACCCUACAGUCCCGUGCCCGUGACGCAGCUCGAGUUGCUGGCCAAGAAUUUGGCUAGUUUGGCUCCUCCGGGUCAACAAGCGCUUAGUCUUCAAGGUGUUGGUGUGAACGUAGGCAGCUUGCAUCACGCUCAGCACACACAGCAUACCCAGCACACGCAACAUACACUAAAUCUGACUGGUCUUCAUCAUCUUCAUCAUGGAGGCUUGCACCAGAACACAUUUUCCCCACAACUGUCUCUGGUGACCGGGAACGCGCCAACGCUGACGAUCAACAGCUUCUCGUCACCGAAUUCGACAGGGAAUGUGGUACCAACGACGGGAGUGUUGCUCCAGGAGUAUCAGUCGCCGACAGGUUCGACUACCGGAUGCUCGGUCACUGUGAACGGCACUUCGUGCCCUACGAGCUCGACCUCGAGCGCGAUGGUGGUGCAGGGUGGCCAGAAUGGCAACCAGGUUGUCCAGGCCACUGGCAAGAAACGAGAGGCCUUCCUAUCGAGUCAAGGUCAGCCGGUGAAACUGGAGAACAAAUCGACGAGGCAGCCGUGUGUUUGCAGAAACAGCAACGGAAAGACAAAGGCGGUGCAUUCCGACGCAGGCUGCAGCAGAACGUUGCCAGUCGCCUCGUCUUGGAACGGACAGGAUGCAAACUGCAAUGGCAAUAAUAAUGGGGGUAACAGCUUGGUAAAGAGGGAACCUUUGGCUUCGGUGCCUUGUCAGGUUGCCGAAGUUUCAACUUCUCUUCAUGCUACCACCACUUCCGUGAAAAUCGAACCUGUCCCACCGAAAUCAGAAAAUGGGAUCGUGGUGUCGAAUGCAGGAACCGGUGGUGUUCCGGUUGGGAUCGCGGUGGCCAGGCAAAGACUGCAACAUCAGGAAACAUCCACUUCGAUGCGCAAUGUUUCCCUGAGUCAUCAUACCUCGCAUCACGCGAGCUAUCAUCACUUCCAGCCCGACAAUCUGGGUUCGAGCACGGCCAUGGCGGUAGGCGGCGCGACCCUGGUGCAUUGCGGAGGACCUGGAGGGGAGGACAGACCGGCCCACCUUGCCAUUCCCUCGGGAGCCCUGGCACCCUCGUUGAACGCCGCUCUUGGAUCGAGCCUAAAUUCCAGCCUGAAUUCCAGCCUAAAUUCCACGCUGGGCAGCAUCGGUGCGGCGGCGAGCGCGGCAACCGCCGCCACGGCCGCGGCCACAGCCGCAUGGCCGCCAACCUUAUGGCAGUACCCCGCGGCGGCCGCGGCUGCUGCAGCUGCAGCUGCAGCGAUGCCAAUGGAACCAGUUGGUUUUCCCCAAAUGGGUGUUGGCCUCCAAGGUGGUUUACAGCUGGUUAGAGAUCCAAGUUCAGGCCACCUUCUUCUUAUCCAUGCUGCCGAACAAAUGCAACAAGCCGUGGUGUGGCCAAAUUAUUCGAAUCACAAUAACGGAAACGUCGCGCCACCGCCUCUCCUUCUUCCUCCUCCGCCGCCUUCGCUUCAACUUCUUAGCGACAUUGGAGGCGCAAGGCUAGUUCUUACGGAAAGUAAGAGGAAACAGCAAAGCACUUUGCCUAUCGUGAAAAUAGAGGCGGAUUGCGGCACCAGCCCUACGACCAUAAUCACGUCGACAGAAUCAACGAAGGCGUUGCAGACCGUAACUUCGAUGACUGGAACUCUUGUACCAGAUGCACCCCUGGUGACCACGCUACACUAUUACCCACAUGCGCCUGCAUUAGUUCAAAUCAGCCAGGCCGAACCAACACACUGCAGAUCUCAACGAAAUUCGUUUCUGUCGAAGGCGACCUCACCGGUCUCGUGUUUAACGCCGCCACCAGAGGUGACAACGAUCCACGCGAUCGAGCAAGCGGAAGUAGCGCCGAUAGUAGGCGUACAAGACGCAUCGAAUCAGACAGACACACCAGAAUCCGAGGAUCAGGAGCAAUCCUUGAUCGAGGCAUCCGUUAAACAGGAGCAAAGUUUGAGUCCCUGUCAACUACAGAACUCGGCUAACCUAACCACUACCACUACCAAUUUGACGAAUUUGACCAACUUCGAGAUCGUUGCUGCGUCACCGGAGAAGGUGUGCAACGUCGUUCGAAUAACCACCACAACAACAACCGUAAAUCCAGCGGUUUGUAGCAUAGUGGGUAAAGUGGACAAAGCAGAAAAUACUGUCAUCAACAUGGCAGAUUGCCCGAAAUAUUCUAUCACGAAGGAGUGUAGAAGCGUGACGUCGAUCGAUAGAACGAUCGAACACGUGGUUACACGGCAAAUUGAUCGGGAACAUGAUGAUAGAAAUCAUAUAGAGGAGGAAGGCGAACAACAGUUUGCCGAGGAUAGGAUAUCAUGCCGAGAUGUGAGAACUGGGCCGAGAAUUAUUGAAAUAACCGAAGAAAAUUGCGAUAGUUUUCAUGAGAAUUUGGAAUUCUUUGGUCGAAGACGAGAUCAUUCCUUGGAUAAACUUAGAGACAGGAAACAGAAUUACGCGCAGGAAACUGCGGAUGCUGAACAGCAGAAAGAGGUGGAUACAAAGAUUGCCGAUGAAAAGUGCGAAGCCGAAUUAUCUAAAUCAGAUGAAAUGUCAAUGACUGAGUUACACAGACAUGCAAAUCCUUCGGCCGAAAUGCCGGAAAUCAAUCAAAUUCCAAAACUAUCGCAGAAUCCGAAAGAAUCAAAAGUGGAUAUCGAUCCGAAUUACGAAAGUUGUGAAAAGAGUCAAGAGUCAAGAUCGCAGGCAACCGUUUCGCGUCCACAGAUCAUUGUAAAAUCGUUCGAUAUGCCGAACAUCGAUUGUGAUGAACAGGGGGUCGAACCAAUCGUGAUAAAGCAGGAAGCAGAUGAAACAAUGUAUGAAGAUUAUUCAUACAGAUGUGAAGCGAUAUCAACCACGGUAUUGCCAAAGUGUCAGGACCUGUCCAAGAGGCACAUUGUUGAAAAGUCUCAUCCUGGAAUCGAAAACGUGGUGGAGAAGUUAAAAAAGAACGCAGCUGCGGCUUUACAGGAGACGAUAAGCCAAAAAGUGGACGACUCGAAGGAUAAGAACGCAGAAAAUCUUCGUUCGAGGAAACAUUCAGAAACCAUACCGAGAAGAUUAGAAAACGGGUUUAAAAAACACAUUCUGAGAUCCUGCGAAAACGCUCAAUUUAUGGAAAACUACGAAGUGGCACGAGAACUUGUAUCUUCUUCGGAAAAUGCUUGUUCGGCUAAAGAUUCUCAGGAUGUACCUAAUUACGUAACGACAGCCGAACAUCCUUGUGAUUCUCCUACUAAUAGUAAAUACCCCCUGCCCAGAAACUACUUCUUGAACAAUAAUAACAGCAACGACGCAAGAAGUAGUAAUGAUAAUAUGGAGUUAAACGACGAUAAAGAACGUGUCGUGAAAAAGGAGAAUGUCUCGCCGCUCGAGGUCCGUGAAGUGGAAAUUCAAUGCACAGACAAAAACGCGGUUACACCUAAAAAAGGAAAAUUUGAAUCGCUAGAAAAAUCGUUUGCCUUGAAUGAAACUCCAAAAUCUAGAUUAAUGUUCAAUUCUAAAUCGAGACCUGUUGAUAUUAGCGGAUUGGAAUUGCUCUCAAACAGUAUUGAGGAGUUUCAACGCUUGAGGUCAGGUAAUAGAAGAGCUGAAUUAGAGAGAUCGGCCAUCAGGGGCAGGGUAAUUUUUCCUCUGGACGAUAUUCGCAACAACAACGAGAACAGCCCUUUGGGUGUGUUGUGCGCUCUAGCCGAGCAAAGAUUUAUGGAGGAAGUAGGGGAUAAAACUUCCCGGAAGUCGAAUCUGGAGAGUUCCGAGGAAAUAUCUCAUGCUGGUAGAUUACUGCUGAACCUGGGCAGAGCGAAUGUCCCAGAAAAUGGGACAAAUACAUUUGACAAAAGAAAGUAUGUGCAAGAAAAUUUGGAAAAUUGCGAGAGCCUCAAGAGGUUCAAAACCGAUGGCAAGUUGGAAGAUGAAGAAUCUAAAUACGACUCGUAUUCCGAAGAUGGCGAUUAUGUUAAUCGAUACGAUGAAAGUGAGCCACAAGAAAUUGUAUGUGAAAUCGUUGACAAUACAAUGGAAAGCAUAGAUUAUGCUGAAGAAAACGAUAUUUAUAUCGACGACGAAGAAAAUAAUGCAUUAGAAGACGCUCCCCUUGGUACUAGUAGUCCUUGCAAUAAUGUAAAUUACGAAAGAGAAGAGGACUUUGAAGAAUAUGAAAGAAUGGCAUACGAACAGUAUCACAUGAGUGAAACUUAUAGCAGCAAGGGAUCUGUUGAUGAUAAUAUAUCGGAUUCUGAUGCUGAAAUGGACGAUGAAAAGAUGUGUGCGAAUGAUAAAAUGGAGGAAAACGAUGAAGAUAGCAAAUAUGAAGAUAAAAAGCAUAUCUUGGGAGAUCACCGAGAUUGUCACGAUUAUAGUAAUUUGCAAGCGAAACUCGACGCGAAAAAGUUUAUCGCUAGAAAAGGCCACAUUGAUAAUGACGCAGAAUGGCCAAAUAUGGAUGCUAUGGAACUUGACAUGAGAGUCAGGUUGGCUGACAUUCAAAGACAAUAUAGAGAAAAGCAGAAGGAAUUGUCUAAAUUGAUCCCGAAGAAAGAUGAAAAGAAAAGUCCUGGAAGACCGCGCAAGAAGAGUCAUUCUUCUAGUUCUGAUCACGGUCUCCAUACAUCGCCACCGACAUUAGAAUCGACGUCUUCACCCCACAAAUCUCCAUCGCAAUCGUCCGAUGGCGCCUCACAGCCAUUAGCUUCAGCUGUCCUAUCUAUGCCAAGAUGUAACGUGAAUUUAGUAAAACUAGGUGAACAAAGGAGCCACAUUAAAUUAUUAGAUAGCAUACCAAGUAUUCCCAUGUCCGUGCCACCAGUUGCAUCGCCAAUCACCGUACUACCAACAAACAAAUUGCCGCAAGAGGACAAUGAGAAAAACGCAAGACCGAUCUCUGACAAAUGUGUGCAACUUGGAUAUGAUACAUCAUCUCCAGCACCUACUAUCGCGAGUUCUAGUUCGGCAUCGAAGAAACGGAAGGUUGGUCGACCCAGGAAAUUAAUGUGCUCAUCCGGAGGUGUCAGACACCUUACGGAAACGAUAGUUGCUAAGAAACCUAAGAGCAAAAGUUCUUUGGUGGGCUACCUUUUGUCGAAGAAUAGGCAUCUUCAAACAAAAUACCUGGGAAAAAGUGGAUACACUCCAUUACCGUUCAAGACUGGGUUAUCUUCCAUGAAAUCCUCUUCCAAGAGUCACAAAUCGACAAAAUCGAAGCCGAAACCAGCGAAACAAACUCCCUUACACAAUAAGAAUGUGAUCAGCUCGAUUAUCGCGGAAAAGGCAAAAUUAAGUCAAGAAGUUAAAUUGGAUAAGCAAAGUAAGAUAAAGCCGAAAUUGAAAGCUGAAGCGAAGGUGAAGACGUGGGAGGAUGACGAAACCAGCAGUGUCACGGAAAAUAUAUUGCCAGAAUCCAUCGCGGAGGAACCAGUGAAGGAAAUCCCAAUGGACACGGCCGAACCUGCCGAAAACGAACCCGAGAAAAGCAAACACGAGAAGUCGAAGAAGAAAAAACGGAAGUCCAGUUCGUCAUCGCCAUCGCGACAUAAGUUGAGCGAUCGAGACAAGAGAGAAUCAAAACGUCGAAAGUCGCUCGAGUGCAAAGAGUGCAAGGAAUGCGCAAAGGCUGCUCGAGCGGAGAAGACGGAGAAUGUGAACAAAUGCAAAUUAACGUCUGCGCACUUGGCUAUAGACCAGUUGAGGGUCUUAACUGCGAUGGGUGGUCUAUUUUACGCUGGAAGACUGAGCGCGGUUCAGGCGCCUGACGUUUAUGCGAUCACGCUGGACGGCGAACGGGGCAACAGGCCUCACAUCCAUUCCAGAGAAGAGAUUCUACGAGACGCGAUCGUCGAGGUCUGUCCCACUUCCACGAAAGAGCUACCGCCUGGCACGAGAUUAUGCGCCUACUGGAGCCAGCAAUAUCGUUGCUUGUAUCCGGGUACCUCGGUCGAACCAUCGGAACCUGACCCUGAGCUCGAUGAGAAGUUUGUUAGCGUGGAGUUCGAUGACGGGGAUAGUGGCAGGAUAGCUUUGGAUGAUAUUAGACUGUUGCAGCCUGACUAUCCUGUUGUUGAAUAUGAUCCCAAUCCCCUGUUGUCGUUGGGAAAACGUCGACGACAAACGUCAAUGUCGACGGAGGAUAAACGCUCUUCCAGUAACAGUCAACCUUCUACUUCCACGAAUGCGAAUAACGCGUUGCCUCCUGUUUUAUCUACAACGAGUUGUUACGUUUCUCCGUCUGACGCACAGUCCCUGGAUCGACAGAAGGUGGACGACGUAGAUACAAAAGUCUUGGAAGAAUAUCGCGAAAGGAAACGAAUGAAGAAAAGGAGAAGGGACAAAUUGAAGAGAUUGCAGGAGGCUCAGGAAGGGAAGAAGAAGCACAGAAGGCACAGAUGUUGCGAAGAACACAGAAAGCACAGGCAUAGAAAACACCGCAAACACAAGCACAGACAUAGUCAUCACAGCAGUCACAGCGAUGGAAGUCAUAUUAGCAGUGGGGAAAGUUGUUGCGGGCAGAAGAGCGAAGAAGAACUGCCCAAGGAAACGGUAGCUACAGUGGAAUGCGAAAACAAAGUCGAGGAAGAGCCAGUAAUGCAAGAAGAGGUAGCUCCGGAACCGAUCAAAGAACCCGUUCGCGAGGAGAAACCCGAGAAACCCGAAAAACCCGAGAAACCCGAGAAACCGAAGAAAACGGACAAAAAAUCGAAAGUGCGUGAACGACAAGAAUCGGUGGAAAGUCGAAGCAAAAUGGCAGCUUUCUUGCCAGCGAGACAAUUGUGGGGCUGGGCUGGAAAAGGUUACAGACGACCCGGUGCCAAGGGAAGAGCCAAGAAACAAUUCUUCCGAGCUAUUCAACGAGGUAGCGAGACGAUCCAGAUCGGUGACAGUGCGGUCUUUCUGUCGACUGGCAGACCCGAUAGACCCUACAUUGGACGCAUCGAAUCCAUGUGGGAAACUUCAAGUUCCAAUAUGAUCGUGAAGGUGAAGUGGUUCUAUCAUCCUGAGGAGACCGUGGGUUGUCCGAAGAAUUUGAAGUACCCGGGUGCCCUAUUCGAGUCCCCUCACAUGGACGAGAACGAUGUUCAAACGAUCUCUCACAAAUGCGAGGUGCUGCCGCUUCCGGAAUACACAGAGAAGCUGGGAAAAGAGCCGCACAGAUAUUUGACCAUAUACGAUAACAACGACAUUUACUAUUUGGCUGGAUAUUACGACCCCACGACGUACCUGUUGACCAUGCAGCCAGGGGUUGUUUGAGAACAGCUUAAGCUGACGAUUAGGUUAACUGGUGUUACUUAAUUGUUGUCAGCCAAUAAAAUAUUAUGCGAAAUUAUAUGAAACGCCAUGGCCGUUAACGCCGUAAUCGAAGCUGUUACGUCUGCCAGUUUUCAAAGAUUUGGAAACGAGGUGCGAGGAUUAGGAUUCACGUACGAUUCACGUACAUAGACGAACGAAUCAAACAUUCGUCGAUCCAGAGACAUUAGAGUUUUACACUGUGAAAGACGAGCACGUACAAUUUUGAAUCUUAGCUCGAUAAUGCGAUCGAUGACACAAGCUUUCAGAGAGGCAUUCAGAAUCACCACAAGGCACAAGCAUUAUUUAUUGUCACAAUGGACAAGAGAUCGUUCCCAUUUAUAUAUCGAUCAUAUCUUGUCUUUUUUUACGAUUAUUAUGUAUUGCAUAUAUUGUUACGAUCGGUUUCCUUUUGAUCGAGCAUAGAAUCCAUUCGAAUCUAUUUUCUCAUUUAUAUACAUUGUUUAUGCGAGAUAAUCAUUGUUGAUUUGAUAGUUUUUCAUUAAUAUUCUUGCGUCUUUCGCGUCGCUCACAGAUUCGACAGGGUUGUGUUUCAUUUUUGGUGCUGAACGAUGAAUGGAGUAUAUAUUUUCGUGAAUCGCGGGAUAUUGUUGUGACGGUAUGAUUCGCAUUUAAGCGAAACGCGACUGUUGUAUAUUUUUUCGAUGGAAUACGAGGCGAAACGUGCAAUGACAAAGUUGUAUCGCUGUUCUUCACAGGGAUACCUGAUUAUUUGUGCGUUAGCAUGAUAGAUAUAUACGAUGCACGUGGGUGGUGCAAUUUUUUCCAAGAUUUCUUAGGAUCCAAGAGCUUGUAAAUAAGAACCGAGAGAGUUUAAUAUUUACCGCAAAGAAUUUUCGAACCGGGAUAGAGGAGGAGGCUUGUGCCUUGUGUAUAACAAAGUUAAAUGAAACAAAAUGAAUAGCUUAAUUUUUUUGAUGCCUACGGGUUGCGUUUGUCGCUACUUGGAUCACAUUGGAUUUCACACCAAUCACAAUCACAACCAUACAUUGAUGAAUAAUUACAAAGAACGCAUAUACAUAGAAAUAUAUAUAUAUAUAUAUAUAAAUAUAUAUAUAUAUACUAUAUGUGUAUAGGACAGAUGCAAUAAAUUUAUGAGUGGCAUUAACGAGAAAACGCGAAAUCAACUAAGGAGAUAUUUAUAAAAAUCUGUUUUAUCGACUGUAAAUAGAAAAUACAUAGGAUAUAUACAUAUAUGUAUACUGUACAUAAACGUUAAGUGCGUAUAUAUCUGUAAGUGUAAAAUCAGAUGAUUAACCGUUAGACUAGUGUUAUAUAUCAUUGUCUAACCGCAAAAAUACAAUACAUUGUAUUGUAUAUACAAUCACACACUGUGAUUGUACUGGUAUUGGAAAACAAAAAAUCGGAAGAUUUUGUGCGAAUCUUGUAGCCCGAUCACGAAAAAUAACAAAAUUUCAAGUUGCGAGACGAAGUGGGGUGUUCUGCCAGUUCGAUUCUCGAGCUUUGAGACUUUCAUUGCUGUUUUAUUUAAUACUCUAGCGAUCGGCGUUUACAAGACGCGAUGUACUUAGAUUAAGAAUCACCUUCGCACGUUAAUUUCUUCAUCUUUCGAGUGUCGCUCACUUACUUCAGCGUUGUUCGUAAAUAGAAACUUAGGUUUUAUAGUGAUCCUUUUUAUGAUUCCAUUGAUAUAGAUAGAAAAAUCCGUAUGCACUUGUGACGAACAAUACAGGCAGUAUUCUAUAUUCAGAAUGAACCUUCUAUUCGAAAUUCUUGGCAAACAUUUCUUGAUGAAAGUAAAACUUUUAUUAUAAAAGAUAAAGUUCGAUGUAGAGUUUAAGUAAGAUGUUAGCAAGUUAGCACGAUCGACGAUUCUUCCUAAUUAUCUAUCUAUUACUGAAAUAUUCUUGUGUCGAUCGGAACUGCUCGCUUACAACAAACAAAAAGAUUUAACGUAUGAAGAAAAAUAUUGAUAUAAAAUUGAAAUGAGAAAUUACGUAUGUUAACGACAGUCGUUUCGUAUUUUUCUCUAAAUUCAAGAAAAUUUUUGCUCAUAGACAGACAUGUUGUAUCGAAUAUAAAUCAAUGGACGUAGAAGGGUUCCGGUAUUGAUUUUUCAUUCAAAUUGAAAAUUUUGACAGAAUGAUUAUUUCUCAGAGUAAUGCUAAUCAUUUAAACAUGUUCUUAAAAUAAAAAAUUUGUAACAAUUUGUAUUCUCCGUUUGAAGCGAAAAUUUGAUAAAUUAGUUUCAGCAAAGGGAUCAAUUACUACUUAAUGGAACAAGAAUUUUCAUUAAAUCUUUGUUGCUUAUUACCACAUAGAUACUCAACUGUCUGACGUUCUCUAUCUACGAUAGUAGAGACGAAAAGAAAAAAAAAAGCUUUUAUAAGCUUCGAAAUACAGGUUUCACGGCACUGAUACGUAUGAUAAGAUGGAGAGAUUGACGCGAGCGGACGUUCCACACUUUGUAUAUUUGUCUUUUUUUAUUUUCUCUAUACAAGAUAAGAGAUUCGAUGGAUCGCGGCGCUCGGAACGAUCGAAGCGUCUGAAGCAUCGAAUCCACGGCGAACCGUUGUCGCUGGUGAUACGAUAUAAGGUGCUACAUACAACGUUUUUGUUUGUUGCGAGCGCGUAUUAAACAAUAAGUUGACACUCGCGAAUAAUUUUUUCAUACUGUAUACGCGUUCAUUUUGCGAGCAUUACGCUAUUAUCCUAGAAUUAAGAUGUUUUUUUUUUUUUUGAUUUUUUAAUCGUUCUUUGUAUCUCUCCGCGGUAUUCGUUUCGUCGACAGAAAGAAAGGGAGAGCUGACCACUUUCGCCCACGAUUCUCGAUCACUUUAACGAUCAAAUAACGAUCGUUUCUCUUCUAAUCCGCGACAGAUCUUCGUAGAGGAACAUUAAUAACAGAUCCAUCAGAGACACACGUACGCAUAGCUCGGAUGGUGAUGGUACCAAUGACGCUCUUCGUCGAUCAGCAACGGAUCGAGUAAUCGCCGAUUUUUCGCCGAUUCUCGAUACCUUGGCUACUUAUUACGGGGUUAAAUGUGUGGUUUCCCGGUUCAGUCCUCUGGUUUCCCUUUUAAAAGAGGAUAACCACCCGCAGGGCGAGAAAAACACGAUCCUAGUACAAACUGCAGAUACAAUAAUUAUCAUGCAUUUUUUCUGCUGACGUCCAUAUUCAUAUGGGCGAGAUAUAACGGGAGAGUAAAGCGAACCAGAGUACUUACGUCGUGGCGCGUAUGAUUGUUCGCGUGUAAAUAGAUCACGUAAGCCGUACAAGGAUCGGCGAGUCGCCUGUCUUGGACACAAGCUGAUCGAUCUCCAUAGAUUUCUAUCCCUAGUGUACAUUCAUUGUUAUCGUCGUGCGUGCACGCUAGCACGCACAGACGUCGUGGUCGAAUCUUAAAGGUCACGACGAUCGACCUAUCCUCAGAUAGGUCUCACGCAGCGCGUGCAAUCUGUAUAUUGCAUAGUAUUUUUCCAUUAAGGUAGAAAACGACGAGGAAAAGGCAAAAGAAAAAAAAAAAUAAAAAAAAGAAAAGAUACCGUCGAUGAAUCGUUAUCCUACGAGCGAUCUUUGAUAUUAUUCGUUGACUCGAUGGUUUUCCAUUUUGAUGGUCCACAUUGUUCUCUCGAUGAAAGAUAUUCAAAUGCGUUAGACGGAAUGACAUGGGCGAGAAUGUACAUAAGUGAUGAAAGUGGAAGCAGCGGCAGAGAAAAGAAAAGAGAUUUUAGUCGAAUCAUUCUGAUAAACGUUCAGAGAAUAAAAGUGGAAUACAAAGAGAAAACCACGCAGUCGAUGAAACCGAUUGCGCGAAGGAGCGAACGGUUCUUCGUUCAGAGAUGUCGUUUCUUCGACGACGAUUUUUCCGAUGCUUCGAUUCUAUGAGGAGUAGCCUACCGGUAGACAACGUAGACGAGGCACGUUCGCUUGUAGAUUUGUAAAUAACGUAGACUUUAGGUAGAUCGAGGGAAAUGUCGGUGUCCUCGGUCGUUUUUUUAUACGUCCCCCCCAAAAGAAUCAAUUUCUUGGUCGUUGCAUUCGAUCCAUUUUGCUCCUCUACAUCAUCCAAUGUAUCUUCUUAUGAUAAUUGGAGAAUGGGAACAGAUCAUCGAAACGAUGCUGCGUUUCGCGUGAAAAAAAAAAAAAACGAGGAAACAAAAUGAAAAUGUACGAUAAUGACGAAAGUUAAUGAAAAAAAAGAAAUUUAAUAAAUGACCACUGUAUAUACACACGAUGAAUAAAGAGACGCCGACAUUUCGCGACGACACUCCUCUUUCUUUGAAUUCACAUGGAAUUGAGGCGCUUCUCGUUGAAGGCUACGGUCGUUUCUUGGUGGAAUAAAUCGAACGAACCACCGUAUAUCGACAAAUCGACUUAUAUCGCGUAAAGAUGAACCGCGAUGUGACGUUUCCUUCUCGAGGAAACGAGGCUUGCUUCGCUCCGACAGAUACGACGUUAUUUUCCUUGUCAUUUUUCGGCGAGACGAUUCAGAACGAGCGAGAGAAUCCGUACGAUUUAAGCGUAUACCGUUCCAGCUAGUCUAGCCGUUACGAUAAGGAUAGUUUGUAAGCGUCUGGUCAAGAUAACGGAUGAACGAGAAGUUCACGUCUCCGUUUAUAAAAGAACCGAAACAAGAAAUUUCUAUUGAGUUGGCAAUUAAGUGAUUGCGGAUUUUGCCAUUAAGUGGCAAUUUGUUAUUGCCACUUAAUGACGAAAUCCGCUGUCACUUAGUUACUCACCCAAUAUUUUUAUUUUAUAUAGAAUUUUUAUUAUCUUUCCAUAUAGAAUCUUUCUUAUUUUCUAGGCUUGUAAUAAAUUUGAAAUUUGCUUGUACAACAGUUUCCUUUGGAUUUCAUAGAGAGGUUGACUAGUUAAAAAGGGGACGUGAACGUUAUCGUGUAUCCGGUACCACGAAGAAGGAUCCCUCUUUCGUCACGUUGCGUACUCGAUUGCCAUUUGUAUCGUUCGCGCGAGAUACGGAGAGAAAAAGAAAAUCGUAAUUAUAGUCACGAAGCGUCAAGAAAAGGACAACGUAUAAGCGAUCUAGCUAAGGUUAGGAGAUUAUGCGAGCCUGUAUAUUUUACGAUAUGUAUAGCCGAUGCGUGGAUGAUUAAGGCAAGUGAGCAAGAACAAGAACGAGAGAAAUAGAAUGAACGAGAGAGAAAGAGACGGAGAGAGUGAAGUUAAAACAGAAGAAGAUAAUAUUUUAUCGUAGAGAAUUAUCGAAAUUAUUAUAUUUUAAUAACGGAGCUGCGAUUUAAAAGAAGUAAAAAAAAAAAAACAAAAUGUGUAGUGCGAAAGAUGCGAGACGCGAGAGAGCGAGUAAUCGUGCAACAACAAAAAAAAAAGAUAUAAAAGACGCGAAUAAAAAAAGGAAAAAAAUGAAAUACGAAUGAGAAGAAUUGUACGCACGAGUGAAGGUGACGUAAGAAUGAAAGAGAGAGAAAAAAGGAGAGAAAGAGAGAGAUAGAGAGGGAGGGAGAGAGAGAGAGAGAGAGAGAGAGAGAGAGAGAGAAAUUUAAAAAUAUAAUGGAGCGACUGUUUUUUCGAACCCAAAAGUCUGAGAAAAAGAAUUCAGGAUUAAAAACAAAACAAAAAAGAAAAAAAAAGAAAAAUGAAACAAAAGAGAGAUACAGUUGAACUUCAUUUAUAUUUUCCUACGCGAAACUUUUUGUAUGGCGAAUGACGCGUGUGUGCGUGUGCGUGUAUGGAAAAUCUCGGUUGACGUUUGUUUGUAA